AUGGUCAAUACAACGGUGCGGUGCUGGCGACUAUACAUGAAUUAUAAUUAUAACCUUAAAAGAAUCCCAGCUGGUGCUUUUAGAUAUAUCCCACUUUGUUCCCUUCAAAUUGGCCAUAAUGGAUUUGAAGUUAUAGAGGAUGGAGCACUGAAAGGAUCGGAACCGUAUCUUGAUUCCGUUUUUAUGCAAUUUAAUAACUUCAGAGAACUUCCUAAUGAAAUCGCCAGAAUGCCAAACAUCACCAUGCUUAGUAUCCAUGACAACCCUAUCAAGGACCUUCCACAGAAAAUGGAGUUCGCUUCAUCUUUGCAAUUUCUUGAUAUCGGAUCACCGGAAAUGACGACAUGGCCCGACUCAAUUCGAACUCUAAAAUCUGUGGGGAGUUUGUCCCUCUAUAAGUUACCGAUGUCUGAUCUGCCUUUAGAUGCUUUCGAAGGUUUAGAGGAGUCAAUAUUUUUUAUAACAUUCACUACAACCAAGUUCAAGGGUAUUCCAAAAGCAAUGCAAAGACUUCGGAAAAUGACAGACCUAUUAGUUGAGGAUAAUUUGGCCCUUACAUCAGAAGGUAUACCCAGUGAUGCAUUCAGUGGUAUGGAAGCGCUGACGGACAUUUCUAUAUCCAACAGCAGUUUAACAACAGUAUUCAAUAUGUCCGAUAUGCCGGCUCUUACUCUUUUGUCCUUGACUAACUCACCGCUGUCAACUUGGGAUAUAACUACCCUACCAGAACAACCAAUCAUGAUGACAAUAGAUUUCAGCUAUACCAACAUUGAUCAUAUCCCGGUCGCUGUGCGUCGUAAUAAGAACCUAUAUGAUCUGACAUUGGACAAUACCAAAGUUUCUCAUAUUGGACCACAUGACUUGGCAGGGCUCCAGAAAUUACGACAACUUAGUCUGAGACAAACUCCAUUGAACAAUAUAUCCAUAGACGCAUUUAACGAUACGUACAGUCUUCAAUGGUUGAACUUGGAUUCCACAAAUCUCCCAGGAUUCCCUAGGGCUAUUGAGCGACUUCCGGCGCUGAGAUUUGUAAGUUUACAGAACGUCACUGUUGAAUGCUCGUGUUCAGAACUUGGUUGGAUGAAGACCUGGAUCGGAUUUAAGCAAUUCCUCGGUGGUGAUGGAGAAUGUAGCAAUGUACACAUGGAUAUGAUCGAGUAUAUUCAUAAUGACGUACCGAAGUGUCCUUAA